CGCGUGCUCUCUCUGAGCAUUUUGCCUUCUGUUGGAUCUGAAUACAGAGCAAUGAAGGGAGGACUGCAGAGGGGACUGCUGAACCACAAUGGCCAUAUGAUAAAUCCCAGCCUGUACCAACAGCCCUGUAUGGACCGACACUACCCCAUUGGUCCAAAAAGAACAAGACUGACACUGGCAAGGUAUUUGUAGAAAAUAUUCUCCUGCCUUAUAAAGUGCCAACAUGAAGGAUCGCCUUGAGGAGUUUUUGCAGAAAGCCAAAGAACUGCAGAUGAGCAAGGAGACGGAAUCCCCUUCAGAGGGUCAAAAGGAACCAGAUGAGCUACAGCAACAAGCUGUCAUUUUUGAAAGAGAGCCAGUCCUUGACAGUUAUUUACAUGAAAUUCAAAAACUGAAAAAUGACAUUGCUGAACUUUCCGACUCUGUGACCAAGUUUGGGCAGGAGCAAAAGGUCCUAGUAUCGAACAUGCGAAGAUUUAGUGUUAUGAAGAGGGAGGACAAUAUUACUAAGGUUAUCAGAGUCCAAGCAGAGAACAUUAAAAAACGUCUGGAUUCUUUAUCCCAGGUUGCUAAAAAAGUGGAAGCAGAGCAAGGCCCAACAUCAGGAGUCGUCAGGAUAAUCAAGGGUCAGCACUCGGCUCUGUUCAGAAAGUUCCAGAACAUCAUGCUACAGUACAAUGACACCAUUGCCGCUAAACAGUCCAAAUGUAAAACCUUCAUCAUAAGACAGUUAGAGGUUGCUGGGAAAGAGGUCUCUGAGGAGGAAGUAAACAAAAUGAUGGAGCAAGGAAAAUGGGACGUAUUCAAUGAGAACUUGCUCACAGAAGUCAAAAUCACCAGGUCGCAGUUGACCGAAAUCGAGCAGAGGCACAAAGAGCUUGUAAGCUUAGAAAAUCAGAUGAAGGAUUUAAAAGACAUUUUCCUCCAGAUUUCUCUUUUAGUGGAAGAACAAGGGGAGAUGAUAAAUAAUAUUGAAGUUUCCACGCAAAACACAGAAAACUACGUUCAGCAGACAACAGAAAAGUUCAAACUGGCAGUGAAAUACAAAAGGAAAAACCCUUGCAGGGCACUUUGUUGCUGUUGCUUCCCUUGCUGUAAAUAGGUUAUAAAGGGAAUUAUAUAAGGGAAUUUAUGAAAGGGAAGCCACCUGGAGCAAUUCAGCAGACAUACUGGCUACUGGGAGUCUAUUUGGUUUUCGUAGAGUGUCUGGGAAUUAUCAUGAAUGGAUGGACAUUUGCUUGCCAAGUUCUCCCAUUAACUGUGAAAGCAACUUAUGGCACAAAGGAAUUUGUGACUGCAAUGAAAAAUUCUCGUAUGCAAUUCAUCUGGAUAAACUGUUUACACUUUUCAUUCCUAAAAAAACAGGCCAGAACAUGCUAUAACAGGAAUGGCAUUGUCUAGGGUUGAGGGGGUAUAAGUAGAAAUGAUUGCGAACAAGAUCUAAUGCAAAAGGCAGCUCUUCCGGUAGUAUAGAGGCCAAAUUAAUUUCAGUUCUUUAUUGUUUUGGCUUCCAAGCCUGCAGCAUGCCCCUGUCAAAAGAUUACUGAAAUAGAGCUGUAUUCUCCAGAUCUCUAGGAUGGUUUUAAAAUGGACUUCCUGUAAACUAAAUUACUAAAAAUACCAAGAGGAAUGUUUUGCAAAGGAACAGCUAAGAGGCUCCGGAUGCACCAUGUUUAUGGGUCUUCAGUUCCCAUAAGAAAAAAAAAAAAA